GACGAGUAUAUGAUCAAGCCAGAAGCUGUUGCUCCAUCCAAGGACACUUCUGAGUGGCCAUUAUUGUUGAAAAACUACGAUAAGUUAUUAGUUAGAUCCGGACAUUAUACUCCAAUUCCAGCAGGAUGUUCUCCAUUGAAAAGAGAUAUCAAAUCUUAUAUUUCAUCAGGGGUUAUUAAUUUAGAUAAACCAUCCAAUCCAUCAUCGCACGAAGUUGUUGCUUGGAUCAAAAGAAUCUUAAGAAGUGAAAAAACUGGUCAUUCAGGUACUUUAGAUCCAAAAGUUACCGGAUGUUUAAUUGUUUGUAUUGACCGUGCCACUAGAUUGGUUAAAUCCCAACAAGGUGCCGGUAAAGAGUAUGUUUGUAUCGUUAGAUUACAUGAUGAAUUAAAAGACGCUAAAGAUAUGGGUAGAUCAUUAGAAAAUUUAACCGGUGCUCUUUUCCAAAGACCACCAUUGAUUUCUGCUGUUAAAAGACAAUUAAGAGUCCGUACUAUUUAUGAUUCUAACUUGAUCGAAUUCGAUAACAAAAGAGGUUUAGGUGUUUUCUGGGCUUCUUGUGAAGCUGGUACUUAUAUGAGAACUUUAUGUGUCCAUUUAGGUAUGUUAUUGGGUGUUGGGGGUCAUAUGCAAGAAUUACGUCGUGUUCGUUCUGGUGCUCUUGGUGAAAACGAUAACUUGGUCACUUUACAUGAUGUUUUAGAUGCUCAAUACGUUUAUGAUAAUAAAAGAGAUGAAUCUUACUUAAGAAGAAUCAUUCAACCUUUAGAAACUUUAUUAGUUGGUUAUAAAAGAGUUGUGGUUAAAGAUUCUGCCGUUAACUCUGUUUGUUACGGGGCUAAAUUAAUGAUUCCUGGUUUAUUACGUUACGAAGAAGGUAUUGAAUUAUACGAUGAAGUUGUUUUGAUCACUACUAAAGGUGAAGCUAUCGCUAUUGGUAUUGCUCAAAUGACUACUGUUGAUUUACAAACUUGUGAUCACGGUAUUGUUGCUAAAGUUAAAAGAUGUAUCAUGGAACGUGAUACUUACCCAAGAAGAUGGGGAUUAGGUCCAGUUGCUCAAAAGAAAAAACAAUUAAAAGCUGAUGGUAAAUUAGAUAAAUUUGGUAGAGCUAAUGAAAAAACUCCUGAUAGUUGGAAAUCUGAAUAUAAGGACCACGAUGAAACUCCUGCUCCUCCUGUUCCUGAAAGCAAGUUGGCUGCUCCUGAAAUUCAAACUCCAAAGAAAAAAUUAGUUGAAGAAGUUGAAGAAACUACCACCAUUGAAACUUCCGAAGAUAAGGAUGAUGAAAAGAAAGAAAAGAAGGAAAAGAAGGAAAAGAAAGAAAAGAAAGAUAAAAAGGAAAAGAAAGAAAAGAAAGAAAAGAAGGAAAAGAAAGAUAAAAAACGUAAAGCUGAUGAUGAUGAAGAUAAAUCUGAAAAGAAAAAGAAAUCUAAGAAAUAAUUCAUUCGAUUUCUUUAAUUCAUCAUUCACAUUAUUAAAUAGAUGUUUACCACAUCUUAUAAAGCAUAAGUUUUCAAUCUCACGGCUAUUAGCAUGACCUCCCCUUUUAUUCAUUUUCUUCUUGAAAGAUACUUAUCGUCAUUUUAAA